AUGAAUGGAAAUGACUUUAUGUUAAGUGCAACGGCUCAAGACAUACAUAUUGAAUCAGGUUGCAUCGAUCUUUCGUUUGAAGAUUAUUCGUUCGGUACGCUGGUUGACAGUGGAGCUGGAUUCGGCUUACCUAAUGAUUUUUUCGACGAUAUUCCCAUAUCGGGCAGCUGCAAUGAACAGAAUUUAGCUAACUCGCUUGCUAUUUCUGAACCAAAUGAACUAGAACAACUGUUCCUAUCACCGCAAUCCAUAAUCAAUGAUUUUGUACCGGAAAUUGAUCAAAAUCUGCUUGUCUUACCGAUUGAGCGAGUUUACACUCCUGAGAAAGCGAAAAAGAAAAGCGACAGUAAAAAAUCAAUAGCGCUUUCAUCAUCCGUGGGUGUGGGCUUUUCUCAACGCUUACCACUAACAUCCUCUAAAAUCGAGAUCGUUUAUGAUCUUGAAGAAAAAUAUCGACCACGGUACAAAAGUGAUUAUUUUGGACAAAAUGGGAAGAAUCGAAAACCCAGAUAUGUGGCUGACCGUAGGGGUAAUCAUUUCAUAUGCAUAAAAGUACCUCUCGGGCAUCAAGGAGUUGUUCGAAUUGACUGGGUGACAGUACCCGAUGUGAAUAAUGAUCGUUAUGUGAUGCCAUACAAAUUUCAAGCUAGUAACGACUCGUCGGAAAUCUCGGAUUGUAAUCCAAUAUAUGAGUCAAUUCGAUGUGAUAAAUUGGGAAUCAUGAAGAUCUAUCUGGUUUUAAUCAAAACCAAACAAGAUGCUUUGAAAUCGCUUCAACCAUUGCAACCAUUUCAUCCAUAUCAAGACAUGCUUGGUUCAUCUGAUAAACAAACACCUGGACAAAGUCAGAAAUUAACACCCAAGCAACUGAUACAAAAGCAUCAGCUUACUAAGUCUCAGUUGGCUUUUACACUAUGCUCAAUAGCUACUGAUGGCCAUACACCCAUUCCGAACUGGGAUACAAUGGUCUAUUCAACAGUUUUAGAAGAAGAAGCAGGCGAGAAUACAUCGGUCAAAACAAUAUCUUGUCCGAAUUGUUCAUGCUCGAUUAAGAUGAACGAGGACACUACCCAAUACGCAGAAAUACCAAUCACAAAAAGAAAAAAGACGGCUGGUAAAGUAGAGACAUCGUCAGGAGUAAAAAGACAAAAAAGUUUGCCUGAAGAAAUCCGUUUGGCAUACUGUUCAUAA